UCAGACACCAAAACACACGAUGAUUCUUUAUCCCGAACAAAACGAGCGGGGUUGAAUAUGUUACGAUUAGGACGUGGCCUUCAAAUGUUGCGAAUGGAUCUUCAAAAAAUCACAGAGGGUGGAGAAGAAGAAAUGAAACAACAGGAAGCUGAAAAUUACCCAGAAAUUGAAGGAUAUCCAGUUUUUGCUGAUGAUGUAGAAUAUAAAAAUGAAGACGAAAAGCGACCAAUGAACAUGCUUCGUUUGGGCAAGAGACCAAUGAACAUGCUUCGUUUGGGCAAGAGACCAAUGAGUAUGCUCCGAAUGGGAAAACGACCAAUGAGUAUGCUCCGAAUGGGAAAACGACCAAUGAGUAUGCUUAGAAUGGGAAAACGACCAAUGAGUAUGCUUAGAAUGGGAAAACGACCAAUGAGCAUGCUUAGAAUGGGAAAACGACCAAUGAGUAUGCUCCGAAUGGGAAAACGACCAAUGAGUAUGCUUCGAAUGGGAAAACGACCAAUGAGCAUGCUCCGAAUGGGAAAAAGGCCAAUGAGUAUGCUACGUAUGGGCAAAAAAUCUGACGAAGACCAUUCCAUAGAAACCAGAAAAAUCAACAUGUUAAGACUGGGGCGU